GCCAUCGUUGAUGGUUGUCGCUUGAGUGUUUUGCUGAGGAUCCAUCUCAACAUAUCCUGUCGGGCCUCUGUAAAAGACACUAGAACCAAAACCCAGCCGAACAGUAAACCCUGCUUAAGAUGAGUGUUUCUUGUACCUUUAAAUUCUAACACCUUACCGUUGCCAAGUCGCCAUCAACUUCAACCUAUCAAUCAACUUUUACAAUAGACUUACAGCGCCCUAACUAAACCAUAUAAGAUUUUUUAAAGAUAAUCUCAAGCUAAACGAGAAGAUACUGAUUGUUUGAGCGGUUAUUGUAUAUGCACAAAGCAGUUAUUCCCAGUUAAUCAGCAUAGAUUAGCACGGGAUAAAACCGUUACCUUCAAGUCCCAAAGUCAAACGAACAAGUCUGCUUCAUUACUUUGUCCUACCUUAUUCAAGUCUCCGCAAUCCAACAUAUGAACAUUUAUAAUUACUUAAUCUUAAUUAAACCCAAAUUUCCCAAGAAACCUAGCUAAGUUUAGGUGUGACUAUAGAAAUGCAGUCGUCUAUGAAAAAUGAAAGCUGUCAGACAGAUAACUUAGCCAUCCCCUGCUCUAGCUCCCAAACUGAUGAUUUAUAUUUACCCUGCUCUAGCUCCCAAACUGAUGAUUUAUAUUUACCCUGCUCUAUCCACCAACAUAUUACUCACAAAAUAAAUUUUUGUGAAGUAUACACAAUUCUGGAUGAAAAAUCGAAUGUGGUGGUGCUGACGUCGUGUCGGACCCAGCUCCCAUCUCGCUCACCUUUGAUUCCAGCAACAGCAGCUGUGGUCGAGGACGCCUCGCUCUUCGUCAUGGACGGUCUGCAGGCCAAGGAGAAGAGUGUGCUCCACAGUCUGAACGACAGUCUGCACAGCGACGCUGACAGCAGGAGGGCGGCAGACACGGACGACGACAGGCACACCGAGGACAGCACGCGCUCCAAGUCGUCCAUGGUCACCAACGUCAGCAGUGUUAACUAGCAGACAGGCAGCUGGCGCAGAAGAAGACAGUUUUCCCACUGCAAGUUUAUACCUUCCCAACGCUCAGCUCUACUGCACCUACCUACGUCCCGGACGUGGCGAGGCGAUUGACCAUCGAAUCCCCCCUGGAAAACUUAAUGAUUCACACCACAUACGAACGGCCUAACCCUCUCCAGCCUGAACUAAGGGGAGAGUUUGAACUCACCAGUAAAAAGCAGAGAAUCUAUUUGGGAGGAAAGGAAGAUUACAUCGAUACGGAGGGUACGCGGAGGUUGGUCUGUGAAACGGAAUGUUUCACGUCCAAAGACCCUUUGACUCAAAAAGACUAUUGCAAAGAUUUUGGGGAAGGUGUUGAAAUUGAGAUGUUACA